AUGAUUGAGAGUUUAUCAAGACGAGACUAUGCCGAUAUACAUUUGUCGGUGACUGGCUUUUUCUUUGUCAUUCAAGGCGUAUUCUCGUUUUGUUACCUUGGAGCUCAAAUCACCGCCAAAGCAGCUGAAGUGAAUGAAUCGAUUUAUUGUUCGGAAUGGUACACGUAUCCACCGACAAUCCAAAUGUUCAUUGUCUAUAUAAUGAGACGUAGCCAAAAACCGUUCAUUCUAACCGGAUAUUCAUUGGUGUCUUGUUCAUUGCAGAGUUUCAAAGAUAUGCUGAACUUUGUUGCCUCUGUGUUUGUGCUGCUUCUGAAAGUCAGCAAAUAA